AAUUUUUUGAUUGUUUAUAUUAAUAUUUUGAUAUCCAGCAAUAUCGACUUCAAACUUGAAUUUAAUGUAUUAUACUCAUUUUAUAACGGUACUGCAAUUCACUCAUAGUGGUUAUUAUUGUAUUUUCACAUUCCAUCUAUCAAUGCUUGUGCAGUUGAAUAAAUUUUAUUGAUUUCUCAUAUCAAUCAGUUGGUUCUGUUGUGAUUUCCUUUUUGUACUCAGCAAGCUCACGAUUCGACAGUAACCAUAGUGACCCAAGUAACAAGAAUGUUAGCCUCUGCGUCAAUUAUGAAUUUGGGACCUCUAUAGAUAUAAGAAGACCCUAAUCACAUCCUUCCAGUACCAAGAGCGAACUAGUUCCGGUAUUAGCGCAUUGAAAACGCGGAGGAAGAGGAGGUCGAGGGGGGAGGUCGAACGCUCGGAGAAUGGCUGGCAAAAAAGGAGGAGCCGUCCUACUGCAGACUGAGGUCAACAAUGAAGAUGAUUGGGAAAAUCUACUGAAAAGAGAAGGACUCAUUGUGGUUGAUGUCUAUUCUGAGUGGUGCGGUCCUUGCUUGGGUAUGGUUGGAAAUUUGAAAAAGUUGAAGCUUGAAUUGGGAAGCGACUACCUACAUCUUGCAAUAGCAAAGUCAGAUACUAUAAGAGUACUUGAGCGAUUUCGUAAUAAAAGUGAACCAACUUGGAUGUUUAUUGGGGGAGGUCAGUUGGUCCGUGUCACGUUUGGUGCUAAUGCUCCAAAACUCAUACGAAUAAUAACUCAAGAACUAGAGAGAGAACUCAAAGCAUUAAAAGGAGAAGCUCAACGAACUGGUAUACCAUUUGAAGAGAUGACCGAUGAAGAACAAGUUAGAGCCAAGAAACUUGCUGAGAAAUUGGAGGCUGAGAGGCUGAAAGAGGAAAGAGAAAUUGCUGAACAAUUGGAGGACUUGAAGAUAAAGUCUCUGACGAAGCUAGCUCGCAAAUUAUCAACGCAUACGCUAACACUGUACUUUCCUCACAUGAUUGAUGAGGAAAAAAGGACGUGUAACGCAGCUUUCAAAAUGCUCCACCAGUACGACUCCAUCAUGCUGAUGAUUAUUGAUCAGCAAGAAGUCACAAUAAAAGAGGAUCAGAUUAGUGACUUGUUCUACAAUUCAGAUCAAAAGUUUCCACCGAAAUUCAUGGAGUCAAUCACAAAGCGGCCUUGCUUGGUGACCCUAUUGUUGGGUCUGGGAGGUGGUGAUUCAGAUGCAGUCGAUGAUUUUCUCGGGGUGGUCGAGCAAAAACUGGGAGAUCUUGUUUACGGCCCAGAUAUGAAUCAAAAUAAACCAGCACCUAACACACCUGCAGAUGUUUUUGCAAGCAAGGUUGGCGAUGAGGUAUGGCCAGGACUAUGGACUCCUGUAAAUUACCUGUCCAAAUCUUCAGCUGUUAAAAUUUUAUUCCCGUCUGUGAUAAGAGCGAUCGGAUUUGAAGACGAUAAGCUACCACCACCAAGGUUCAUAAUGAUAUUUGAAGCAACAAAGGCGAAAGAAGUGGAUGAGCUUGUACAAGAGUUUGCAAGUGAAGUUUUGAAAAUGGGAUUCUUCGACACGGUUGAUCCGGAAACGGCCAAACGAGUUUGCAAAGGAAUGAGUGAUCUCGAGAAAUUGCUUCCUGAAAAACUAAAAACGACCAAAUUGAUCAUGUCAGUUGCCAAGCGGACCAGCGACCCACUUCUUGCCUUCUCUCAACUUGGUCCCAUCUACAUAAGUCCCGAUUUGAAAACAGGCGUCAAAGAGUCGGAUGCAUUCUUUCCUCCCGAUGAAGAGGAAAUCACAUCCGCGGAUAUUGUGUAUGAAACGGCAGAAGAAGUAGCUGCAGAGGAGGAAGAAGAGGGUGGAGAUGAGGAGGAUGAUGAUGAAGAAGGGGCGUUCAUAAUGGGGGAUGAACCAGGAGAAGCGCAGGAGGGAGCUGCUCAAGAGGGGGCUGCUCCUCCAGAGGGUGCACCUCAAGAGGGUGCACAGCAAGCACCUGAAGAGGGAGCACCUCAAGAGGGAGAACCUCGAACUAGUGAGCCUCAGUUGGGAGGAGAAACUGGAGAGGGAGAGACUGGUCAGGAGCAGGAACUGGGUGAUUCCUCUGCUCCUACUGCUGCAGAGUCUGAUGCACCAGAUGCAGCAAACGCAACAAGUGCUGAAGAGGUUACAGCUACUGAAACUGCGAAUCAAGAGACUGAAACGGUUGCAGAAGAGCCUGCACCAGAGGCUAGUUGAAACGCGCAAAUCAAUCAAACUAUUAUUAUUCUUCUGAAUGCAAAUGUAUUCUAAACAGGUCCUGUUUUCCAUUUCAGGACUUUUAUUACCUUAUACAAAUGAAAAGGAUGUUGUUUUACUGUUUUAAACGUUGUUUAGAAGUACCAAUCAUUCCUCACUUAUGGAGGCAAAUUUUUCGAAUGUUACUGAUAUAAUCAUGUUGUAGUGUUAUGUUCAUGUUAAUGUUCAGUUGUUAUGAUAUUUUGUUGAUGAUAUAUUGUUAUCUAUUGAUUACUUAUUCUUGGCAGAGGGUUCCUUCAUGAUAGUUGAAAAAUGCUGUAUUAAAAUAAUUUUUUUUCAAUUG